CUGUGCUCACCAUCAGCCAACAUGGCUUUUUGCAUUCUCAGACCACUAAUUCGGGGACAGGCGAUUCUUCAAGUGAACUGAUCAUUCCUUUGAUUGUCAUCUAUCAUUGAAUGACGGGGCCCGCGACUGUGGUCUGCUGAGCUCGACGUAAUGGACAUCUCUGGGAAACCAUCUGUGCCAUGCGGAAACUCGUCCAGAUUCUCAACUUCUUGUGGAAACUUGGAAUCAAGAGGUUACAAAAGGAUUCAAUGAGCUUCUCUCCGGUUUCAAGCUCGCCAUGAAGUACAAUCCUUUCACCAAACUGUUCCUCAUCCUCGCUACAAGCAGUCAUGCUGCUGCAUCAGCUAUCCUCUUUCCAUUGUAUAUUUAUCCUUUCCAAGAUGUGCCCUGUGGCGGUUGGACCGAUGUGAUCGACACAGUCAAAGCCAACCCCAACCUCCCCUUCCAUCUCGUCAUCAACCCAGACAGCGGUCCUGGAGGUCUCGCUAACUCUCAACCCAACUCUGACUGGACGGGUUGUAUCCCCCAACUCAAAAGUGCAAACGUCAAACUCUUCGGAUACGUCCAUACGACUAAUGGUUCUCAACCUCAAUCUGCGGUCAACGCAAACGUCACCACUUAUGCAGGGUGGUCUGCAAGCUAUCGACCUCACGGGAUUUUCUUUGACGAGUCUCCUGUAACUGCGGGAGCGAAUUUGACGUACAUGCAGGCCUUGGUGGGACAUGCAAGGUCCUUGUUUGGGACGAGCUCUCCAGUCAUAUUGAACCCAGGACGUGCUACGGAUCCAGGAUAUUACAGCUUCGCGAAUCUGAUCCUCAGUGCUGAAAAUUUCUACUCUGCUUUCAGCACGAGCCAACUCUCAUUCAGCACCUCCACACCUGCUUCCAAACAAGCCGUCGUUUUACACCACGGCCCUGCUGUCACGGACUCCAACCUCGUCCGAGAGUUGGUUUCUACAGACAAGAUCGGAGCCAUCUUUUUGACGAGUCAAGAGUAUACGACGAUUCCUCCGGAUUGGAAUAAUUUUGUUAAUUUGGUUCAGGCUGAUAGUCAAUAAGGUUGUUUUACAAAUUACGACAAGAAUGUUGUAAAGUUGUGAAAUACAUAUGCAAG